AUGGCCUCCUCGUCGUUGCCCUUGUCGCACAAUCGCGCCGUUCCUUUCGCAGCCCUAACCUUGGCGCCAAUCCGUCGGCUCGCUCGCUAUUUCGUUCUAGGUGGGAUCAUUCUGGUAAUAUACCACUUCUUAACGUCGACUAUACCGGCGUUCUCCGAUGAGAAUAAGUCCAUACGACUGCGAGAGUCACCGUCACUUCAAACGAGCCUCGUCGGUGUCAAGUUGAAGCCAAAUGUCCCACGGGUGCUUUUUGCCGUGAGCGAACUGGAACAGAUGCCCGUCGUGAUGAUGAACUUAGCCUGUCAGAUGGCGCAGCAAUCGGAUUACUCGGUCCAUAUCAUUGCUCUUGGGCUAAGUCAGUUACCUAUACAGUUUAUCAGAGCGGCCUCUGGGAUGGCAGAAGGUGAUUGCCCAGUAACCAUUCAUGAUGCUCGAGCCGGAAGAUCAUCUUAUGAUCCUGCGGAUCCUCGAGUUACGUCUGAAGCAAUCCAUUCAGUAGCCAGGACUAUCGAAGUUAUCAGACCAGCCAGCAUAUUCCAUGUUGAGCUGGAUGACGAGCCAGAGUACAUGAAGGAGGCAUUGGGGAUCGUCAACGAGAGGUUCAGAAUCCCGCUUGCCAGAGAGGGCAGUGAGAGCUUGAAUUGGAUCUCUACCUUGGAUCCUUACGCAAUUCAAGCCUGGCAUAUGCCAAAAUUUGAAAUCAUUAUUCACGGAGCUUCACAUCUUGGCAGCUUGCUUCGUUUGGUCGAUUCCUUGGUAGAAGCCGACUACAUUCAGGAGCCACCUCGCCUAACCGUGCACACUCAUUUCACCGAGGCCCAAGAAGGCAAACAGCUCGCCGAGCGUCUUUCGUCUUGGCCACCAGAUCGCUUAAACGUACAAAAUCAUAUUCAACCUUAUACGGUCUUGCAACCUUUCGAAUCCUGGUAUCCAUUGAGUGAUAAAAUCUUUGGAGUGUUCCUCUCCGCUGAAACCGAAUUGACGCCUUUGUGGUUUCAUUAUGUCAAACUCGCCAUUCUCUCCAGCCUUUACUCGGAGAACUCCAAAAUAAAUGCAAGUGCAGGCCGCAUCAUUGGUGCAUUCAGCUUGAGUCGGGACGGCCCUCAAUCUUCGGGCUCGUCCCAGUCAAGCGCUGUCAUUCGAAGGAUUAUGGAUAUGAACUCCACCGUCAUCACCCCUCACGCCUUCAGGUCGGUUCACGAAUGCUUGAAUGCGCAGCUUCCAUCCAAUUACUCGAGAGAAGCUCUGUCUGCAGAGGUGAACAAGUGUGUUAAGGACAGUGGCUUUGCAGUAUUACACCCCAUGACGAGCUUUUGCCAAUCCAGGGCCGAAGAUUCCGCAAUAAGCUUGGAUGAAGAGGAGUUUCUAUUACGGGGCAUUACCGAUAUAUCUGGUUGGAAGGAGUUCGUGGGCGAUACACUAUAG